UCGAACUGUGGAGAGAGAAAAUGGUGAGAGCUCCUUGCUGUGAAGCCAUGGGGUUGAAGAAGGGGCCAUGGACUCCUGAAGAAGACAGUAUUCUAGUCUCCUAUAUCCAGACUCAUGGCCAUGGAAACUGGAGAGCUCUUCCCAAGAAAGCAGGGCUGCUGAGGUGUGGAAAGAGCUGCAGGCUUCGGUGGACAAACUACUUAAGACCAGAUGUCAAAAGAGGAGACUUCAGCAAGGAGGAAGAGGAAACCAUAAUUUAUAUGCAUGCAAUGCUCGGAAAUAGAUGGUCUGCAAUUGCUGCUAAACUGCCAGGAAGAACAGAUAACGAAAUCAAGAAUUUCUGGCACACUCACUUGAAGAAACGAUUAAACCCUAAUCAGGACAUUAAAAAGUCAAACCCAAGAGAAAAAGUCAACCCAAAGGAGCACAGGGAAAAUACUUUUGAAGAGCAGAAUUCACCUCUUUUAAUUCAAAAUGAAUCACCUUUCUUUGAGAUCAAAACAGAAAAUAAUACUGCGGACAUGAAGCACAGCUUCAUCAACGAUUCAUUUGAAGAAUAUUUUCCAGAGUUUGAUGAGAUAUUGUGGUCAGAAGAAUUUGCAGUGGGUGGGGAAGAAGAGGACGGUUCGAUGGGUCAAAGUUUUGGUCAACCGAGCUUGAGGAAUGAAGAUGCCAUAACUUUUUGGUUGAAAUUGUUGGCUGAAUCUGGAAAUUUGUAAUGAUUCGGGCUCUUUUAGGAAUUAGGCGUAGAUAUGUUGCUAGAAAAGCAAUUUUUUUG